AUGUGGUUGCUUUCCUUUGUCUUGUGUUCCUGCCUUGCUUUACCAACUUGGGGGUGGCAAGCCUCAACACCUGUAGUGCACACUCAAUAUGGGAAAGUCCAAGGCAAAUAUACAAGCCUAAAAGGAUUUAAUAAACCUGUCCAGGUUUUUCUGGGUGUCCCGUUUGCCAAGGCUCCUCUUGGACCUUUGAGAUUCUCUCCACCCCAGCCUCCUGAGCCCUGGGACUACAUGAAGAUCACCACUACGUACCCACCCAUGUGCACCCAGGACCCAGUUGGGGGACAGUUAUUCUCUGACCUUUUUACCAACCGGAAUGAAAAAGUCUUCUUGAAAAUGUCUGAAGACUGUUUAUACCUAAACAUUUACAGUCCAGUUGAUCUGACAAAGGAGAUGAAGUUGCCUGUGAUGGUAUGGAUACAUGGAGGAGGUUUGUUGACAGGUGCUGCAUCAACUUAUGAUGGGCUGGCUCUCUCAACUCUUGAAAAUGUUGUUGUUGUGACCAUUCAGUACUGCCUGGGAAUUUUUGGAUUCUAUAGCACUGGUGAUGAGCAUGCUAAGGGAAACUGGGGUUACUUAGAUCAAGUGGCUGCACUCCAUUGGAUCCAGAAGAACAUUGCUAGCUUUGGAGGAGAUCCAGGCUUAGUGACCAUCUUUGGCGAGUCAGCAGGAGGCGGGUGUGUUUCAGCACUGAUUGUAUCUCCUUUGACCAAGAAUCUCUUCCACCGGGCUAUUUCCCAGAAUGGAGUUGUCCUGAUGGAAUCUCUGUUCACUUCUAACAUCAAACCAAUAACUGACAAAAUUACAAUCCUGACUGGUUGCAAAAUAACUACUUCAGCCAGCAUGGUUCACUGUAUUCGGCAGAAAACGGAGGAAGAGAUCCUGAACACAACUCUGAAGAUGAAAUUAUUCACUGUGGAUUUUCUUGGAGACCCUACAAAGAAAAUUGCAUUCAUACCUGCAGUCCUGGAUGGAGUAUUUUUCCCUAAAACCCCCAAAGAACUCCUUGCUAAAAAGCUGUUCAAUCACAUCCCCUAUAUUGUUGGAAUCAACAACAAUGAAUUCAGCUGGCUUCUUCCAACUCUCAUGAAGUAUCCUCCAUUUGAAGACAGAAUGGAUCAAGAGAAGGCAAUGCUGCUGGUUUGGAGGUCCUAUCCACUUCUUAAAAUCUCCCAAAAUCUCAUUCCUUUGAUAACUGAGGAGUAUCUCGGAAUUACAAAUGAUACUGUGAAAAAGAAAUAUCUAUUUAUGGAAAUGAUGGGAGACUUCUUCAUUGGGAUCUCAGCUGUGAUGGUGGCUCGAUUUCAUAUGGCUUCAGGUGCACCAACCUACAUGUAUGAAUUUCAACAUCGAUCAAGCUUUUGGGGAAAUAUGAAACCAGAAAACAUGAAGGCAGACCAUGGGGAUGACAUUUCCGUCUUGGGGGCUCCAUUUUUAAAAGAGGGUGCUUCAGAAGAGGAGAAACAGCUUAGCAGGACAAUGAUGAAAUACUGGGCCAACUUUGCUCAGAAUGGUGAUCCAAAUGGGGAAGAUUUGCUGAAGUGGCCAGCUUAUGACCAGAAUAAACAGCACUUAGAAUUUGAUAUAAAUCUUACAAUUGGAAAGGAACUGAAGGACAAGAGGCUGGAGUUUUGGUCAAAGACCCAAAGCCAAAAGAUGGUAUCUUCUGCUGUCCUUUAUAGCUCUUUCCACUCCCUGGCUUCCAUUUCUCUAUUGCUGACUUUGUUAACCUUCAUGAUUUCCUAGGAAAAAUGCCUUUCUCUGUAUUUUAAAAUUCUCUUGCU